AUGCAGCAAUCUAGGCAAAUAGCGGACGUGUUGAACGUAUCGGACGGUGGGUUAGCAGACAAGGAAAAGAACCUCUCUGGUAGCAUCAACAACAAUCAUCAGCAUGUGCAGAAUGAUUCUGGCUCUGCCCUCCAACAAUUUCUUGAUCACAUACCCAUUAGUUCAAUAGCCGGCAUAAAAGAUUCACCCGUUUUGGAAUUGAAAGCUGGAGAUAGUCUAAGGGAUGCAAUUCAUAUGUUGUACGAAAAGGACAUCUUUGCUGCAGCCAUUGUGGAUGUCUUAGACCCCGACACAGCCACCAUAAGAAUAAGAUUUUCAGAUCGGUAUAUUGGCUUCAUUGAUUUUGCAAGUAUGGUUCUUUGGUGUCUUGAGGAAUAUGAAAAGAUCGGGAAUAAUUCCAUGGAACAGUGUCAUAAGGAUAUAGAGAACGGUGGCUUUUUCUCCAUUUUGGAGCAGAUUCCUCAGAUUGGGCAAACCAAGGUUGGCGAGUUGGCUAAGUCAUUCCUCUGGGAACCAUUUUUCCCCGUACGCUUGGAUGACACGAUUUUGCAUGCACUGCUACUUCUUUCUAAGCAUCGGUUGCACGUUUUGCCGGUCAUGCAGCAACCUGAUCCUGGACUCAUCGGUUUUGUUACACAGAAUGCCGUAGUCCAACUCCUCCUUCAAUCAAGUGAACUAGAGUGGUUUGAUAGUAUUGCAGACAAGCAUUUGUCAGAUUUCAGAUUUGAAGACCAAAAACAUCCUAAUUGUGUAUCUGGGGACCAAACUGUUGCAGAUGCUUUAAAGUUGCUCUGGCAGAAACAAACUUGUGCUGUUGCCGUUGUAGAUAAACAGACUAAGAAGCUCCUGGGUAAUGUGAGGAACAGUGACGUUUAUCAUCUUGCAAAGAAUGAUAACCUCCUUACAAAUAGAACGAUUUUGACUGUGGAAGAAUUCAUUCACACAGAGAGUGACAAAGUGCACAUUAAACCAACCAUUGAAGAUGACCAUGGGGCUCUUCUUACAGCAGGAAGUCUCCGUCUGAAAAACAGCUUCACACCCAGAAUGGACUCACCAGUUAGCAACAAGGAAAACGAUACGCUCAAGCAAGUAAUGGAGCGUAUGAUAGAGACUAAUAGCAGUUUCAGCUUUCUGAUCAAUGAUAAUGAACAAGUUACAGGUUUGCUCACACUGAGAGAUAUAAUUCUGCAGUUUGCCCCACCAUGUUUGGAUUCUGGCAUUGGUGGAGGUGGCUUUUUUGAAUUUGCUUUGGAGCAGAGUGGAUGUCAAGUAAAAAAUGGAAAUAUUGUUCGUAAUCAUUGA